AUGCCACCAGAGCGACGUAUACAGCGAAUAGUCCGAGUAAGGACGGGUUGUUUAACAUGCAGAAGACGGAAGAAGAAAUGCGACGAGGAGCACCCUAUCUGCGGUGGUUGUCGGCGCAAUGAUUUGGGCUGUCAGUGGCCAGAUGUGCCUGGGCGGCGAGAUUCAGGCCAAAGAAACACACCGGCACAAACCCCUGAAGAGCGCCGACCGAGCCUUUUGGAAAGCAUCGAACCAUUCGAUGACAAUGUUAUCGCUGGGAGUCCCUUCUCGCAACGAGCGCCUUCUGUUGCAUCGAGUGCCGGUCACUCCAUGAUCCCCGGAGACCAGUUUGAAGACCCAAUGCAGGAAACAAAUCAAGCACGUCGCAUUUCAACAUCUACUCCAAUUACCAACACAAGUGAUGCUCUUAUGGCAUCUAUUUCCAUGGGAACUGUGCUGCCGCGCAGCCUGUCCAUGUUGCCUGGUUACGACGCCGAGUCUUAUCAGCUUCUUAGCCAUUACCUCGCCACAACGGCCGAUUGCAUGGCAAAUGGCUCAACGCCUGUCAAUCCGUUUCUUGUGCAGAUUGUGCCUCUAGCAUUUUCUAGUGACUUGCUCUUACAGCUGGUCAUUACUCAAAGUGCAGCUCACCGUGCAUUUCGAUCGCGGGAUGAUUCCGAUACAAUCGCCCACAGUCAUUACAGCAAAGCUCUUAAACACUUCCGCCGAGGAGUGACCGAUUUUAUCGAUGGGAAAGAGUCAAACCCUCUCAUGCUCCUGGUCGGAGCGCUUUUAAUGUGUUUUACUGAGACAGCAAAGGGCGACAUGAACGGAACAAUUUUCGAUCACUUGUCCGCGGCAAACUCCCUCUUAGUAAAACUGCUUGCACAAAGUGACUCAGCCGUGCCGCGCGAUCUAAAAGACUUCGUCAUCGAAUACUACACAUACACUGCGACCGUGAGCAUGAUCUCAAUCGAUGCCCGAUUUAGUGGGCAACUAUUCCUGAACCUUGAUCUUGAGGAACGGUCGCGCGAACUGCUGCGAACUCAAUAUGUAGGCAAUCUGUGCGGCUGCUGGCUGGAACUCUUGCUGUUGAUCCCGUGCAUCUUCGAUCUCGGCCGACAGUGGAUAAUGGACGAUUCGCAGGCGGUCGUUCCAACUGCCGAUGAAAUUGCCAUGUUCGCAUCUAUCCAAGCACAGGUUUUGCGCUGGUCGCCUUAUCCUAAUGUCCCGACGGAUGUCCACCUUGCUGGUCUGAUCUUUCAACAAGCCAUCCUCAUCUACCUCUACACCUCCCUCGGUGGAUUCCGAUACACCACAGAUGGAAUGUACAAGGGCUUGGUGGAUAACGCAGUUAACGAAGCCAUGUCUUAUCUUAACGACUUGUCGCCCCGCGCGCGUAUCAACUCCGGUCUCUGUUGGCCGAUCGCGUUGGUAGGCUCAUGCCUCCUCAACCCCGUCCAGCAAGAACGGCUACGAGGGCGAUUGAAUGAAAUGACGGAGAAAUUUGGUCUGGGUAAUAUGCAUCGAACACUCCUCCUUCUCGAGGCAAUGUGGCAAUUACCCGCAUCUGAGGCUGGGCCAUGGAAUAUUUGUCGGGCAAUGCAGCAAAACCAAAUAUGGAUUUCAUUCGCGUGA